CCUUGUCCAUGAUGUUGAAGUCUUUAAGUGGAUGGUCCGACCGUUGUCCACGUUACAGUUAGAGACUUGGCGGCACUUUUCACCCUUCUCUCUCCCUCCCUAUACAAUAAUAAAUCAUCAACGACGAUCGUCUCCAUCUUCUUCACCCCAAUGAUCCAACACCCAAACCCUAACCACCAUGAGUCGCCUAAUUUCUUCUUUCCGAUCCCUAGGGUUCGCUUCUCCACACCGGACCUCUUCUUUCCGCCUCACCGCCCUCCGCCUCUACUCCGAUCAUCCUCAACCUUCCACUCCUAAUAUCAUCCCAGGGCCACUUAGACAAUAUAAAAAUCUGGUUAAAGAAGGACAAUUGCAAUUUGAUCCAUACCAGGAGAAAGUCGCUUUGGAACUGGAUAACUUGGUUCAAAGAUUGGUGCAGUAUGAGAAAGAAAUGGAAGAGUAUCAUGUCAAGUUAGCUAAGUGGGAAGAGGAUCGUGAGAAUGAGCGGCGCAAGCUUUUGCUUAAGGAAGCCGAGGGUAAACAGCAACGUAGUGAAGUGUUUGACAAGUCACAUAAUAGAUUUUUGGGCAGAUGGCUUGAUCGGAAAAAGCCUGUGAACGUAGAAACUGGAGUCGGGAAAUGGGUUUCGUAUCUAAACCGAGAAAAGAAGUUGGAUUUAGCAGUUGGCAAACGCCCCGUUGUUCCACCAGCUCCUAAAGGAUUAUACAUUUACGGGAAUGUCGGAAGUGGCAAGACGAUGCUAAUGGAUAUGUUUUAUAGUGCCACGAAAGGAAUCGUUACACACCGACGACGAUUUCACUUUCAUGAGGCUAUGCUAGAGAUUAACGAGCGUAUGCAUAAGGUAUGGAAGAAUGAAGUACAAGAAAAGUCGAUGCAAUCAAGCAUUGCUAAUUGGAUAAUAAGCCUUCCGUUCGAUACUAAAGUUAAGGAAUGGAUAGCUGCAGAAGAAAGCUAUAAGGAGAAUAUGCAAAUGAAAAAUAUUCUUCCGGCUGUUGCGGAUAAGUUUCUUGUUGACCAGAAAAGCGACCGAAGAGGUGCCAGUAUUCUAUGUUUCGAUGAAAUCCAGACGGUUGAUGUGUUCGCGAUUGUGGCGUUGUCUGGGAUUAUAAGCCGAUUGUUAAGUACCGGAACGGUUCUUGUUGCUACCAGUAACAGAGCACCAAGUGACUUGAAUCAGGACGGUAUGCAAUGGGAGAUUUUCUUGAAGCUUCUUGACAAAUUAGAAGACCAUUGUGAAACUGUUUUGAUCGGAAGUGAAACUGAUUACCGUCGUCUUUUAUCACAAAGAUCUGUAAACCUGGUCACCUACUUUUACCCUUUAAACAGCAUUGCAACCAAGAAAUUUGAGAACGUGUGGGAUGAAACCGUAAGAAAACUUGGGGAACCUGUUGUAUCUGAAACUGUCUCGGUAAUGUUUGGCAGAACACUGGAAGUUCCCGAAAGCUGUAACGGGGUAGCAAAGUUCACAUUUGAAUAUUUAUGUGGGCGUCCGGUUGGGGCGGCGGAUUACAUUGCCGUGGCCAAGAACUAUCAUACGGUUUUCGUAUCGGACAUUCCUAUGAUGAGUAUGCGGAUUCGUGACAAGGCACGGAGAUUUAUCAUACUCAUUGAUGAACUAUACAACCACCAUUGUUGUUUAUACUGUUCUGCAGCUUCUUCCAUUGAUGAGCUGUUUCAGGGAACCGAAGAAGGAACUCUUUUUGAUUUAGAGAGUUUUCAAUUUGAAACGGAGACAGAAGGUUCAAAGCUUCGUAGAGAUGUUUUAGCAGAGGGAAAUAUUGGUUCAGGAGGUGCGCCUGCUGGUAUCAUUUCCAUGCUUUCUGGAAAAGAGGAAAUGUUUGCUUUUCGUCGAGCGGUCUCCCGUCUCGUAGAAAUGCAAACACCAUUCUACCAGGAAGGAGCGCGGCUUUAUCAUCCACUAUUUCAGGCCGACCGUAAUAGCUUCAACACCCGUAACAUGAAACAUGCUACCGGGUUAGCAACAAAUGCUUGAAGGGUGGAUAUGUUGUAUGAUAUGAUGAUAAUAGAUUGGAGAAAGAAUCCCAAUAAAGUUUUAUUUGAGGGGUGAUAUUGUGAUAUUUGGGAUCAGUAGCCCAGCCUGAGCCCCUAAAGUGUAUACUGUAUACUCAAGUCUGCUCCUUGUGACAUCUAAUUAGCAGUCACUUUGUUCAGUUAUGAAAAUUGAAAAGUUACACAUCAUAUAGUGAUUGAUUUUUAAAUUCCAAUAACAUGGUGUUUUGCUUUUGUUUUUAA